AUGAAGCGCGGGCGUGUAGCGACCCGCGGGUCGACGCGCCGUUCGCUGCGGCGGAAGAACGUGGUGGUGGACGAGGAAGACGAGGACGAAGCGGAAGACGUGAGUCAAGAGGAAGAUGAGGCGGAGGACGAAGAAGCAGAUGAGGAGGAGGAGCAGAAGACGCCCCCGCCCAAGUUGACGCGUGCGCAGGCCAAAAAGCGGGAGGCGGAAGCAAAGAAAAACAAGAAGAAUACCCAAAAGAAGACGAAAAAAGAGAAGGAUGAAGUGGGAGAAGAUGAAGACCAGGAGGAGGACGAAGAAGACGAGGACGACGAAGAUGAAGAGGACGAGGAGGAGGAGGAGGCCGACGUCGAGGAGCGACGCAGGGGCACUCGUGGACGCGGAGGCCGCAAGCGGCAGCUGAGAGGGUCCAAGCCUCCACCCAGAAAGAAGCAGAAGCGGAAGGUAAUUGACUCGGAAGACGAGGAUGAAGCUGAGGAGGAAGAUGAGGAAGACGAAGAAGGUACCGAGGAAGACGACGACGAAGAAGAAGCGGAGGAAGGUACCGAGGAAGACGAUGAUGAAGACGACGAUGAAGAGGAGGAGGAAGUGGAGGAAGUAAAGCCUCGGACGAGAAAAUCGCGGAAGGAGGAGAGCAAAACGACGCCUAGAGGCAAGACGAGAGCGGCGGCCAAGACGGCAGCGGAGAAGAAGGCGUCAGAGAAGAGACCGAUGAAGAGACGACAGGCGCUGAAGAAGAUCGAAGAGAGUGCGGAGAGUGAGGAGGAAAACGAGGACGAAAAAGAGGAGGAAGACGACGCUAAGAGUGAAACGAAAGACGAGAAACCGUCGAGCGACCCACCGUCUGCAGCAGCCACGCCGUCGUCGUCGCCUGCGAAACGCAAGGGCUUAUCGAUUGACACACUGAUGAACGACGCGGACGAGGAAGAUGAGCAGGAAGAGCAGGAAGAUGUUGAAAUGACGCCCGCUUCGGCGUCUGCGUCGGACGCUGGAACAGACGCGGACGAAGUUCCGGACCAGCACUAUCGAGAGGCGCUCAGUGGCGCUACAACCGAGCCAAAGUUGAUGGAAGUUCUGACGGAAGCGUGUGGCCGACUAAUCCGAGAGAACAAGCCGCCCAGCCGCCUAUUUGCCGUGUCCUUGCUCGCUGCUGUAAAGGAAGAUCCCAAGCGAUUCAGCCAGCCUGUUGUGCUCAAGUAUCUGCUGCGUUUACUGCGAUCAAAGCACUACAUUGGCAUCAAGGACCCGUCGGACCACGGUAAGAAGCCAAGCACAGCCACAGCUUUGGGAUCAGGGCAUCUCUCAGGGUCGACAGAAUACUAUCAGAUCUCGCUGCCCGUACUGGUGGCGAACCUUCUUGUGCAGAUCAUGAAGAACGUCGACGAGUGGCCAGUUGAUAGCGUCAAGGUGUUUCUGGACGACUCGCUGUCUUCUCGAAUCUGGGUGGACCACGAGUUGAGUCAGUUAUUUGUCCAAAACGUGAAGACAGUACUGGAGACAGAGGGCACUGAGAAGCAGUCCGUGCAGCCUCUUGUUCGGAGGCGUUUCCAGGGAUCUACUGUAGUGCAGGACAUGCGAGAUCUGAUCACCAACCAUAUUCGUUCGCGUCUUGUGGAGCUGGAGAAGGAAAAGCCUGGAAGUAUGGGAGGAUCCUCUGGAAUCGGCGGCAAUCACGCUGUUCGCAACAUGAUUAUGACGCUGGCCGACUGUGCGAGUAUCGCUCAGGUGCGCGUCUUCGGGGCCGAAAACAUGGAGGCGUGGUUGCAGAAUCCGUCUGUUAAAGGUCAAGCGAAGGAUCUGCUGAACAAAAUCGUCGCGCUCUGCAAGUCAACGAGCCCCCAUGAUAUCGCCACUGUGGAUUUGCUGUUAAAGUUGAAGCUCAAGUCGACCAUGUUCCAGCUCAAGGUCGAAGCUAUCACACAUCUUGUAUGCAACAACCCCGUGUACUUGAAGCGUGCGCUGGCGAUGUUUAUCGCUCGAGAGCGACCCAACAACAUGUCGAGGGACGUGGACAACAUCAAGAUGCUGCAGCAUAUCUUCCGGGCGUCGCGCUCAAUGUCAGCGUCUUCUAUCCUAGGCAGCCCCGACGACUUGUUUUACCGUCGGCCCAUCGAGCACCAAGGCACUCUUGCUAGUCGAGAACUGGCGCGUGUGUUCCGAGAAAUGGCCAGUGUCUCGGAGGUUGCUCCAGUGCUGAAGACGAUUGUACGUAAAAUUCUGAAGCAGUUGACGUUCGAGCAGGUUGAUAUCAAAGCUCUAUGCGUCGGUAUUCUCGAUAAUGACGGCCAUUGGGAUGCGCUAACAGGUGACGCUCGCGUGCUGGACUAUAUGGGUCUUGUCACGGGUGUUGUUUGGCUCAUCUUGCUGAUGAGAGGUGCAGCUGUCAAAAGUCUUCAAAUCCAGCAAUCGAAUGCCAACAACCGUCAAGGCACAGGGUCCACUGCACUCGGCUCAACAGGCCUUAAGCAUGGCGGCACACAAGCUAUCCCUCGGCGUGGAUCCAACCCACCGCUUCCAGUGUCCAGAGCGAACAGGCUUGGUCCUCAGAAAGGCAAGCAGUCUUUAGCCAAGUCAUCUCUAUCUUCAGGUCACGCUUCGAUUGGAAGUGGUGGUAGUACCUCGAGCGGCCAUGGACCAAGCGGAAGUAGCGGGGGUAAUGGCAAUGGCGCCUCGACUGAAGGCUCGAAGACAGUGAAGAUAUCUGUAUGGGCCAAGGAGGAACUGCAGCAAGCGCUUGCAUUUGUACAGCGAGAGGCCAUCAUCUGUUGUCGUGAUGUCUUGAAGCACUUUGGACUCAACGGCGACUCACCCUUCGAGAAGAUGCUGUAUGAGAGUAUUGUGAAGAAGCUGCUCUUCCUUGAUAUCCCUUCGGAUGUGCAGCCUACAGAGCACGACCGAACGUGCUUUCAAUCAACAAAGGAGGAUAUUCCCGUCCACGAAGACUCGCUGGAGCUUCUCACAAGUUUGUACAAUUCAUGCAGAGCUAUUGACCGCGUGGAAGCUCUGCGGACGCUGGAGACAAUUGUCUUCCGUGGUGCCGAGGCUCAUAUGCACCGUGAGGUGUUGUGGCGUCACCACGAAGACGAUCUAGCUGCGUAUGCCCAAAACGGGGGAGUACUCGGAAUUGAAGUGAAAAACAACCAAUUCGUCCAGAAUCUACUCAAGCUCGCGUUGUGGCAAGGCACUGACGACAAACAAGAGCAAGAGUUCUGCCAUUCAAGUCGCUUCUGGAUUUGUUGCUCCAUUUUAUUGAUUGUUGGAUGCUUUAACCCGAAUACCAUCGGCACUUUCUUGUGGGAGGAGUUCCCGACGCUGCGAGGUUUGAUGCAGAUGGUCAUUACGGGUCGGUAUACGUUCCCAGCGAUCAGUGCUCCGGACCCGCUGCUACUUGGCAAGCACAGAAGUGCAUUCCCUGACCUGAUUCAAGGCAACCUGCAGUUGCGAGAUUACGAGCAGCAGCUGUUACAACUCAACCAAGGCGAUCCUUCAGUGACUGGAGACCCGCUGAUGCUGUUUGAUGCCAAUGGAUUGGCACGCCAACCGCCCCCAGCGAUUCUGGAGCAUCUCCGUACUCUGGACCGCAAGUUUAAACUCGGCAUGCGUCUUCGACAAAGUCGGAAGAAGGACUUCCUGAUGGAGAUGGUUGCUGGAAACGACGACAAGAACGCAGUGCAGAACGUCAGUGCUGCAGCUAACAGCGCGUGGUGGAUUGCAGACAUCGUUUGCGAAGACUUCGACACGGUGCAGUAUCUACCUUACGGAUGCUUAUGCCAACUGCUCCUUCUAGCAGUACGUCCUAGAAACAAGAACAAGUCAGACUCUCCAGCCCAAGUGCCUCUAAACCAACCAGCACUGGCUCAGAUCAUCCCACGCUUGCUCACCAAACUGCGCGAGUAUCUUGCUGGUGGGAACGACAGCUCCGAUGUGGCAUCGAACGUUGUCUUGUACUAUCUCGAGUGUCUGAACUCUCCCGAGUUAUCUACACGACGAGUGGCUUCUCACAUCCUCUACCUGUUGACAUCGCCUCGCAGCGUUGACGAGCUUUCGGAAGAAAUCCAUCAAGUGGUUGGUGCAGAGAGUACCCAGAGCUUCUCGUGGCUGCGUGAGUUGGCGAAGCUGCCUUGCUACAGCAGUAUCCGCAGCAAGAUCUUCCGCUCGCUGGAGAAUCUACUCGAGCUAGAGGCAUCAAUCCCAUCGCUCCGUAUGUGCAUGAAAGCGUUGUAUGACUUCUCAAAGGAUGGCAACUAUACUAACGAACCGGGAGAUAUCAAGAAGGAUGAAGACAACCAUCCCAAGAAGUCCGCUAUUGAGCAGUCAUUGUUGCUGGCGGGAGCGUAUGGAAGACUACUUGCUGGACGUGAGUUGGUGGCGACUCUAUUGCUGAAAGACCGCGACAUCUUUGCCAUCACAGUGGAAGUGAUCUGGCGUGCGAUCGAGUCCCAAUUGGAAAUCGCCCCUCAACUCAAGGCAACAUCUGGCAUCAGCUUCUCCGAUUGCAAGGUGUUUUACGUCACAGAUGGAGCCAACACGAUUCGUGAGAUUAAACUCCCCCUCGCAAUUAUCCAUGGCGCUAUCCAGGUGUUAUGCUCGCCGCAUGCACACACGGAUCCACGGACAAUGGCUUCUGCAGACAGCAGAACUGCGACGUGCUUGGCGAGGUUAACGCAGAGUUUGUUCCCGAAGGCGACGUCGAAUGCUGCGAUUCUGUCGAGUACAGGACUCAUCGCAACGAAGGAUGCGCGUCUGUAUCCGGACCAUUUGUUGUCCAAGCUUGCAGCCGCAGCUUCUCCCUCGACAUCUCAUCUCUGCGCUACUGCUGUUCGUGCGAUGUCUAUGGAAUCUCUGUGGAAUCUGCUCGAGCAAUCCGCUCUAAGCGAGCAGUGUCUAGAGAUGACGUUGCUUUCAGCUGUCGAAGCAACGAAGAAGAAUGAAAGCAAGGCUGUUGCUAGUCUUCUAGCUGUGACCAACGCGUCAGAUAUCUCGAUUGCAGCAGAUAUUGUCCUGAUGCAGCUGAGUGCGUACGAUAUGGUCACCUCACUCUCGUCAGGUGUAUCGGAGAAACUUAAAUUACUGCGCGAGUGGCUUCUGGAGCGGAGCGGGUCAAGCAACAACAUGACAACUGAUGAAGAAGACGAAGAAGCACUGCUGCUCUCAGAGGGAUUUACUACCUUCAAGAUCCAAACAACCCAGGCCAGCACCAGUACCGGGUCGUUUUACUCGGAACCUAUGGCGGAAGCACCCAAGCAGUCAACAACGUCUAAACCUGAAAGCACGAGGACUGAUCUGGAGGUUUUCAAGGAUGCCUACAUUGGUACCUCGCAAGUGAAAGCCGACGGGGCUGCAGUUGCACCGUUGGAGGGUUUAGUGAAGGAGCUGAAGCGAAACUCAAGUACUGGAUCCUUGCCCGAUGUGAUCGCUCCUGAAGACUUUGUGUAUGCCGCCAGUCAAGCAGUGCGACGGUCGUGUCCGAAGAGUGGCGACUCCACCACGCAUUCUCCCGCUGACUUGUGGACACUGCAGAUGUCAUUAUUGCACUUUGCUAGAUCAUCCUGCAACUCGCAAGCUGCUGCUGCUCAGCUGGCCAAGGCGUUGCUUCUAGUUGUGGGCCACUUACCAACCUGCUCUAGUGUUUCUCACCGUACGGAAUGCAGUGGAUUCGUGCGUCGUGCUUUGGACAACCUAGGAGAAGGCUUCACUGAGUCGUACUCGUCUUCCGUCAGCUUCAUUCGUCACCUAGUUCAAGCCUCCACCACUGAGGGUCUUUUCACUCUGGAAGAUCCGAUGGUAGCGUGCGACGUCUAUAGAGUGUUGCAGAUUGUGAUACAGUCCAUUGAUCGCGCUGUUGCGCGGUGGAAAGCUCAGGGCGUUUCGCUUCGUUUGGAUGCCAUGACUCUACACAGUCUCGUGGUACUCGUCAAAGAAAUAGAAGUGCUCAAGCGGAUUCAAGACAAGAACUUUGGAAAGUCGACCGAGUCUUGCGCUACUGAUCUCUUGACGAGAAUUGCGCACGAUCAAGCUGAUGAUACGACGCUGCUGAACCUUCUGGAUCCGAUCAUGACUGCAGACCCACAUCUUGGAAAUCUCGGGGACGUCGUAGCGAUCCAUGGAGAUGUCAAGCGUGAGCUUAUCGGGACCUUGUACUUCCAGAACCCUAAGGUCGUGGCUGGAUUACUCGACAUGCUGAAUCCAGACUGGGAGUCGCUUGUUAACUUCGAUAUUGAUGGAGAUCAGCACGAAAUGGCCAUUCGGGACCGCCGACUUAUUUCUCAAGUGGACGAGAUUCUACGUGAUCUGACACGAGACGGAAGUGAAGUCGUUGAGCGAUUCCGAGAGCUGACCCGAUGUCACCCCAUGUUGGUGCUCUCACGCUUCCCUCGACAGCUCAUGCAGCACUUCGGAACGGUAUCGCUGUCCCAGCUCUAUCUCAACACCACGUUCUUCCAAAAUAUUCUGAGUGCUAUACAGAUUAUGAGACCUCAUAUGCGUCACAGGCCCAGUGUGUUGGGGCCGUUCUGCCAUUUCUUGUUCGAGAUCUUACGUGUCAUAGCAGACCACCACGCUGUUGAGUUCCACCAGCUCGUCUCUCACACUUGGGAAUUCUUCUAUGACGCACUGGAAGCGGACAUUGAUCUCGCUAGUGAAUUGAUAUUCUCAGUACCGCGUGUUGUUCUGCUGGAAAGUAUAGUGAACAUGUACGAGUUGCAGCCCGAGACCGUGACAUUUGGAGAAGUCAUGGCACAGCGUCACAAUGAAUGGAGUUUGCGUGCGACGCUGAACUCCAUUAGAGCAGGACGCAAGCACCACGGAGCUACGAGUCAGCAACAACAAAUCGAGCAGUUGUUGAGUCGCAUUGAGAGCCAAGAACUUGCGUCUACUACAGGCAAGCCGUUGAUUGAGCGUACAGACAUGACUGCGGUUACCCAGGGGCUACAGGCUAUCGAUUUCUUGUGUGCGAAGACGGACCAAGGCGCGUCAGUUGUGGCGUUACUGCGACGCUGUGCAGCUCCAGUGGCUUCACUGCUGGUGACCGAGACGGUGACGAAAGCAGUGAUGGCUACACUAUGCCAGACGUUGCUGAAUCUCAUGAAGUACGACUCGGUCUGUGUAGAGGAAGUCAUGCGCCAGUAUGUCCAGUGUCUGCGUGUUGUGCGACCUGGUUUGAAGGAAGCUGCUGUGAAUACUGUUUUGGAAUUCCUCAUCUUUGCUGAUGCACGACAGCGGAGACAAAUUCUGCAGCAAUUAUUCGAUGACCCAAGCGAAAUCGCCAAGAGUAAGCUCGGAGUUUAUCUAAAGAGCGCAGCAUUCCGAACAACACUCCUGGUAGCAUCCAAAACAUGA